CCGACUAGAUUACAACUUUCUCCUCUUCAUCCUUACAAUGGAUCAAAAAUUUCCAUUCUUCAGAGUAAUGAACGUUGCUGGGACUCAAACCAAACUUCACCUCCCACCCAUUAUCUCCAAGAAGCUUGUUGAACAGGACAUAAAAGAAGUGUUGUUAACGAGCCAAAAGGGCACCUGGGAAGUUGAAAUCCAUAGCUUUGAAGGAAAGCACUGGUUCACAAAUGGGUGGGAAGAUUUUGUCCUGCAACAUGGCCUAUCUAAUAGACAUAUUGUACUGUUUGAACACACUGGCGGCUCCAGUUUUAAUGUCAGGGUGUUUGAUUUUGCCUCUAGCUGUGAGGUAGAUUUCAAUGGAGAGUCAAAAACUAAAACUAAAAGAGUAAGAACACAAGGAAAGAAUGCAGAAGACAGCAGCAAAGUUUAUGUGAAACUGGAGGAGGACAUAGAUGAAGUGCUUUCCCCUGUGAAAAUUGAGAAACAUGAUCAUGCAUAUGACAAGGAGGACACUAAAAGAAAACGUAAAAGUGAGUUUGUGAAUGUGUCUUCUACGGGACAUCCACAAUUUGUAACAAGUAUAAAGCAAUACAAUGUCCGACGUAGAUCUCCUUAUAUGCAUAUACCUGCCGACUUUUGUGUAGCUAAUGGCCUGUAUAACAAUGGAAGAAUAUGCCUGAAAGGUCCAAGUAGUAAACAAGAAGUUAGCCUGAAAAUUUGCAAAGGUGGGAGGACUAUAUAUGCAGUCAUUACUAGGGGAUGGUCUGACUUCAUUGCACGCAAUGAUCUGAAAGUAGGAGACAUUUGCACCUUCAAACUCCGUAGCACAGGAAGCAGUUCAAAUGCUGUUGUGUUUGAUGUUGAAGUUCUUUGCAAAUCAACCUCAUGUGACAACCCUUGUGUCAAAACACAGGAUGACGAGAAGGACAGUUAGAAGUAGUUAGCAGUUAGGCAAUUCUGUUAGCUACUUAAACCUUCCUAGCUCUUGAGAAUGGGUUGUUGAAUCAAUUACAGAUUUAUUUUACUCUCUUUCAUCUUCUACUUCCCUUCAAGCAGAACCAUUACACCUAGGUUAUAAAGUUUCUCAUUUAGAGGGAUUCUUUAUAAUGUUCAUCUAUAUAUAUACGAAGUUUAAAUUC